GUGUGUGUGUGUGUGUGUGUGUGUGUGAGUGUGUGUGCGCGUGUGUGUUUUUCAUUUGCUUCUUUUGUGUUAGCGUUUUAGUACAGUUAGUAUAGUUCAUAUUGUUAGUGCAGUUCAUAUUGUUAGUAUAGUUCAUAAGCAUAAUAUUGUUAGUAUUGGCAAAUUUUGUAGGUUGGUAUUGUUGGUUAGCAUAGUCUGUGUAAUUAGCAUUAUUUAGUGUUAGUAGGUCACCAUGCUUCAGGGGCGUAAGGCCGUUACGGCUGGUGAGGAGGACAUCUGUAUUUACAAGAUCUGCGAGACCACCAGUGAGGACGGCGUCCCCACGAUGAAUCUGGCCUCGAACAUCCCAACCAGGAAGCAGUCUGAUGUGAAGUUCAUCAGGAAAACCCAGAAGGACCCCACUGGCCUCCAGGGACUUUGUCGUGAAGCCCAGAAUAUGAAGACCUCAAGUCACCCAAGUAUUGUCAAGUCACUCGAGGUGAUCAACACCAAGGAAAUGUUGGUCCUCUUUUCAGAAUACGCAAGCAGAGACAACCUGUGUGACGAUUUUCCGCACCGUGGCCAAGUGACGGAGGAGGUUCCAGACAAAUUCUGCCGGCUGUUAUCGGUUGUGGAGUACUGCCACCAACAAGGUAUGAUCGGCGGGUAUCAGAAGCUGGAGACGCUGCUUUUUGACAAGAAGCUGAAGCAAAGGGAGGACACCCCUUCCGCAAACGCUUGGAGCCUGGGGGUGGUUUGGUACUGCUUGGCCACCGGGUUUGAGCCGUUUGAGGGGGAAGUCUUCUGGGAUACGGAACGAAAUAUCGAAAACAGGGAACACAGUGCUUUAAUUUUCAUGUCCCUGGAGAGUAAAAACAUGUGGUACACGUUGACAACUAUCCAGCCCACGAUCAGGACACCAAACAGAUUCUGCUGCUGGGGCUCCAUCCCAACCUGUUCCAGCACAGGCCUGUCCUCAGAGCGGAGUAGUCUGACCUCCGAAGGGACUAGCAUAGUGACCACGAUUAGCGGGCCCAGAUGCAACUCACCAGCCACAAACUCCGACACCAGCAGUGAAUACAGCCAGCCAGGGAGGAUGUCCCUAGAGCCAAAAAAUCAGGUUCUCCAACCUCUUGAUAAAUUCAAGAAUGUAUUCAAAAAGAACAAUAAAAUAGAACCCCCAAAAAAUGCAAAUAAAUGAGAGCCAUAAGA